AUGAAGUUGAUUCAAAGGUUUAAGGAUCGUCGCAAACCAAAAAAUACACCACUUGACUUCCGUUCUGCUGACCAAGCACCCAUCGCAUCCUCUGCCGACGGGCUCUUCCCGCUUGGUAUUGAAAUCCUUCAUGACUGUCCCCCAGGCACGGCCACCCUCGAUAUUUGCUUCGUCCACGGAUUCGGCGGUGACCGUAAUCGAACAUGGAGACAUCCAACCCAAGACAGCCCAUGGCCGUCCACGCUGUUACCAGAGAAGCUUCCUACGGCCCGCAUCUUGACGUUUGGCUACGAUGCCUACGCUUUAAAGCUGCACACUUCCAAGAAUGGACUUGCCGACCACGCCACCAGCUUGCUUCAGGAUCUUGUCGACAAACGCACAUUGGAUGGAGCUGAGGACCGCCCUGUCAUCUUUGUCGUUCACAGCCUAGGUGGUCUCGUCUGCAAAGAGGCCAUUUUGGCGUCGCGAAACCACCCGGAUAAAGUCAAGCAAUCUAUUUUCACCUGCACCAAGGGGAUAAUCUUUCUAGGAACACCACAUAAAGGCUCUUGGAUGGCGAAAUGGGCCGAGAUUCCCGUCACAGUUUUGGGAAUUGUUAAAUCCAGCAACAGCAAACUGCUCCAAACCCUUUGCAAAGACGAUCAAUACCUGGAAUCCAUCCAGACGAGAUUUGUCCAGAUGCUGCGGGAGAGAGGAGAAAGCGGUAGCCCUCUCAAUGUCGCCUUCUUUUGUGAGGAGCUGGGGAUGCCAAAUAUUGGGCACGUGGUACCCAAAAGCUCUGCCGCUAUUGACGGGUACGAUGCUUUGACCAUCCACGCCAACCAUAGGGACAUGGCCAGGUUCGCCUCGGCUCAAGAUACGGGCUUUGAGCGGGUGCUUGCCAGGCUUGUCGAGUUUUCACGGCCUGUCCCUGCUCGGGACACCACACCACCGACAUAUUCACUUCCCAUCAAGGGGCAUCCACAGAGCCAUGUCGACUCACCAAAGCCUGCUGAGGAAGUAAUGCAGCAGCUCCAAUCACCUGUAAAUCUGAACACGGGUGGACUUACACAGACACUUGAUGCGAGCAACGGGGGCACGAUAACCUUUGGAGAAUGUGCCACAGCUUCUCGAGACAUGUACAAUGCACAAAAUGUAACGGUCAACCAUCACUACUCCUCACCUCCAAACCCUGAUGCCUGCUUGCAAUCGCUAGCCUUUGGUGGGAUGGACUUUCGCUUGCAUGAUAUCAAAAAUGCCGCCGACGGGACAUGCAAAUGGCUGCUCAAGCACCCAAAAUAUCAGAAAUGGUCUACCGAGUUACAGCACUCCGUUCUUUGGAUUCUCGGCAAACCAGGGUCCGGAAAGUCGACGCUGAUAAAAUACGCUUUCGAGAAUGCUAAUACUUUUUCAGAAAACAACAUUAACCUCGUCUUUUUCUUCCACGACCGAGGAGGCAACCUUCAGAAAACCCCCCUCGGGCUAUGGAGGUCGCUGCUGCAUUGCUUACUCUCCAAACAUGCAGAGGCACUGGCUGCUUUGGUUGAAACAUACGACGAGAAAACCAAAGAAAGGGGGCCAUGUGGGGAGAAAUGGGACUGGUACGAAAGCGAACUGUGGCUUCAUCUUGUCUCGGCUUUGCCCAAGAUACUCCAAAGUCGAAGCGUCACGCUUUACGUGGACGCCCUAGACGAGUGCGGCGAUGAAAACGCUAGGGGGCUGAUUCGGAAUUUCAUAACUUUGGUCGAAAAGGUUAAGGGGGUCCCAGAGCCUCUCCAGCCUCUUCGCAUCUGCUUCUCUUCUCGCCACUACCCCAUCCGCAACACUGGCUUACACAACCCGUACGACGAGAUCAACCCGGAAAACGAAAACGAGUCAGAUAUCAGAGUGUACGCGGCCCAAAUGUUAUCAGUAUUUGACAAGCAGUCGCUGCGUGAUGAGCUACACGAGCUGAUUGCAAGUCGUGCAAGUGGCGUUUUCAUGUGGGCGCGUCUUGCGAUCGAUCAAGUGGUGGACCUCAAACACAAAUCCGAACCGACAGCACGAAUCCGGAAGUCGAUCGAAGAUCUCCCAGAAACCCUCGCAGAAAUAUAUACCAACAUGGCCAGGAGCCUAGGGUUACGCGGUGCCAAGCUGAUGCGGCUGGUGCUAGUUGCCAUCAGGCCUCUGACGCUGAACGAACUACGAUGGGCUAUGAUGGUUGAUGCUAAUGAUGAGCAGCAGUCGAUACAGAGCAUUGCAGAUUCUGACGUCUACAUAGACGACGCCGAUAUGAUGAAAGGGCAGUUGCGGAACCUUAGCUGCGGUCUUGCCGAGGUUGACCAGUCAGGAAGAGUUCAGUUCAUCCACCAGUCAGUCAAAGACUGGCUGCUCAAGCGCUGUUCUUUUUGGGAAAGUGAUGUUACGUCGGUUGACGAUGCUCUCAGCAAGGCGCACCAUGAGCUGUGCAAAAUAUGCGUGCGAUACAUCUCGAUUCAUGAUGAUCACAUUUCGGGUUGGAAAUACAAUCAAGAUUUAUUUCCUUUCGGGAGUUACUCCUCGGAAUAUUGGCCCACCCACGCCAAAGAGAGCGAGGCAGAGUUCAUUUGUCAGGAUGAUCUUUUGGAGUGUUUUAAAUGGCCGUCAAACAUUGUUCACGACAAAUGGUCAGCGGCAAGCAGAGGUUCUACUUUACUUCAUACCACUGCAUGGUACAACCUAUCACGGCUCUUAGAUGCAAUAAUCCGAAGGGCCGAUAGAGAUUGUGUCGAUUUGGACGUUAAAGACGAUAAAUGGGGUCAAACUCCGCUUUCGUUUGCAGCAGAGAAAGGGCAUCAAAAUAUCGUUCAGCAGCUAUUCGAUACCAGCAAAGUCGACCCUGAUUCGACAAAUAAAACAGGUCUAACGCCGCUUUCAUUUGCCGCAUGGAAUGGGCAUCAAACAGUCGUUCAAAAACUGCUCGGUACAGGCAAAGUUAACCCCGAUGAAAAAGAUGACAAAUGGGGCCAAACACCGCUUUCGUUUGCAGCAGAAAGAGGACACCAAAAUGUUGUUCAACAGUUAUUUGAUACCGGCAGAGUCGACCCCGAUUCGAAGAGUAAAAAAAAUCGAACGCCGCUUUCAAUUGCAGCGUGGAAUGGGCAUCAAGCCGUAGUUCAGCAGUUGCUCGACACCGGUAGAGUUAACCCCGAUUCAAAAGAUAAUAAAUGGGGCCAAACUCCUCUCUCAUUUGCAGCAGAAAAGGGGCAUCAAACAAUCGUUCAACAACUGCUCGAUACCGGAAAAGUUGACCCUGAUUCGAAAGACGAGGACGGGUGUACACCACUUUCACAUGCAGCAUCGAAUGGACAUCAAAACGUCGUUAAAAAAUUGCUCGAUACCGGCAAAGUUGACCCCGAUCCGACAAACAAGGAAGGCCGAACACCGCUGUCAUUGGCAGCAGAAAAAGGGCAUUUAACAGUCGUUCAACAACUGCUCGAUACCAGAAAAGUUGACCCUGAUUCGAAAGACGAGGAUGGCCGAACACCGCUUUUACUUGCAGCAGAAAAAGGCCAUCGAACAAUCGUCCAACAACUCACCCAGCCGCGGGGGAAAAUGGUUUGCAUUUAG